AUGGUCACCAAGGUGAUUUUCCUUCUGGCAUUUUUUGGAGUUGCAUCUUCAAAACUCCCACACAGACGGAGGUGCGACCCGGAGCAAAUAAAAGAAACACAGACUCUUUGCUCAAACUACAAAAACAUUUUACACCUCGAUGAUAUUCAGACAAAACUUGAAGAGAACCAAAUGAUGCUGCAACGGAGGAUUGACGGUAUGGAAGGUAAGACCAGACUGCAGCUCGAGUCUGCAAACAGCAACAUUAGUGCGCUUGAAAGAUCAGUGACAAACCUUUCAAACUCACUAAAGGACCUCGAAAGGAUGAAGUCACAAACCGAGAUGGGAUUGAAAGACGCAAAGACAAAGAUGGAGAAACAGGAAGUUGACAUCGCCAGCCUGAAGAGAGAUGUUCGAGAACUGGUCAAACACGGGGAAGAGGAGAGACUUGAUACAACUGAGAGGCAGCUAAGGGAGAGAAAAGCCAGGCGUGAAAAUCUGGAGUCAGAAACUGAGGCUGCGUUCAAUGACACACAGAAACUCCUGAAUCUAUACAAAAAUUAACUCUCCCAGCUUAACUCAACGGCCCAGCAGCUUGAAGUCAAAGUCGAAGACAGACUGGAUGCAGCGGAGACGCAACUUGAAGCUAAGCUGAAGCAAAUAGAAAACAACAGUGAAGCUUUCAGCGCAAAACUGAAUGAACAAAAAGCUGAGGUUGAUGGAUUUAAGGACGAAAGUGACAGCAAAUUCAGGAAUGUUGAUGAACAGCUGAAAACACAAACAAAUACAGUGGACCAGCAGAAGGCUGACAUUGGCACUCUCAAGAGCGACACUGCAGGAAUAAAACACAGACUGGAGUCAACUGAAGAAAAAGUUGUUGAACAAAGUAAACUCAAACUCGAGGUGAAAAGCCUUAAAGCUGAAGUCAAUGCCAAGGUGGCCUUUUCUGCAACUAUAAUCGAAUCUGAUGAUGCGUUCACUGGACCCAAAACCAACAGCAGCAGCAGUAUUCUCAUCUUUAACAGAGUCUUCACAAACACUGGCAACGCUUACAACAGUAAAACAGGCAUCUUCACUGCUCCACUCAAAGGCGUUUACCACUUUUCAUUCAUGACCUUCGGCUGCAGUGGUCACGCUUCGGGAGCCAUCCUGGUGAAGAACGGCCGUUACCAAGUGAGCACCUGGGAAUUCACCAGAGCAGAUACCAGCGACACCACCAGCAACACAGUAAUCCUGGAGCUGAAUGCCAGAGAGACUGUGAACGUCAUCCUGUGGGAGGGUGGGAAAAUACACACCAGUGUCUUCAGUGGGUUCCUCGUCUUCACAACAUCGUAG